UUGCGUUCCCCGCAACCAAGUGCAGCUUCCUCUGUCGUCGUUGAUAGUCUGCUCUGCUUCGGCUUCGCUCUUCUACCUCUCUCUGUGUGCAGGAUACCUAUCACGUUUACCGCCGCGGCGCCUGGUCGGGACCCUCCUCAGGAAUUAUACAAGUACCAGCGUGGGCUACUCCGUAGACCCUUAGAAUGUUUGAUGACUACGUAGAGCAUGCAUCGGCCCCUGUUCCAGGCUCCGCCCGCGGCCCGCUUCCACCACUGCAAUACGAAGGAUUCGAGCCUUCCCCGUACGAUCAGGAUGACGCUAGGGCAGAUAUUUUCCAAGAACAAGCGGAUUUGGCACCUCCACCCGCCCCCAUUUUCCAGCUCGGCGAAGUUCAAUGCCCGCUCUCUGCCCCCCUUGUCUCCCUCGUUGUGUCUUCCGACUCCCUGUACAUGGGACUGGCCAACAAUCUCAUCAUUCAGAUUGAGCUUUCUCGAGCAGAACAGUUCAUCCGCAUACAGAUACCCCGGAAGCCGAACGAGUUCACCAUACACAAGCUCUUCCUUGACCCCUCCGGCAGGCACCUACUCGUAACCUCCGUCCAGGGGGAGAAUUGGUACUUCUACCGGGGAUGGAAGAAGCCAAGACAACUGAAGAGCUUCAAGAUGAUCAUCGAGAGUGUCGCGUGGAACAAAGCCUCUCUCUUGUCAUCCUCGCACUCUACCUCUACACGUGAAAUGCUUAUUGGCGCAAGGAACGGAACAAUCUAUGAGGCGGUUUUGGAUGCCGAGGAAGACUUCUUCAAGUCACAAGAGAGGUAUCUUCAGCCUGUGUUCACACUCCCCGAACGGCAUCCGGUGACAGGCUUGAAGUUCGACAUGUUCCCUCCUCUUGACCCCAAGAAGGUACUCGUGCUGGUGACCACUGCAACUCGAAUCUACCAGUUUGUCGGCAUACCGGACAGGAAAUCUGAGGAUGGCGGACGAGUGUUUUCCGCGUUGUUUGGCAGCUAUCGGGACACUGCGCCAAAGAUCGUGGAGCUGCCUGGCAGCCCAGACGUUUCAGAGCUGCACGUAUACAGUCCGAAUGCCGAACAAGCAUACUCUCUGCCUCGAACAGUGGCGUGGAUGAAUGCUGCCGGUAUCUAUCAUGGGAACCUCGACUUCGGAUCCAACACGGACGACCUCAUUGAUGGUGCUCAGCUUUUACCGUACCCUGCACUAGUGUCUUCACCGUCGUUGUCACCAACAAGACAGAAUGCUACCGAAAAUGCGACACCAAUAUCCAUAUCACUGACAGAGUUUCAUUUCCUGUUGCUGUAUCGGGAUCGUGUCUUGGGAAUUUCCAACCUGAACGAGCAACUUGCCUACGAAGAGUUGCUACCACUGAAACCCAAUGAGCAAGUUCGUGGUCUCACUGCAGACCCCGUUCGGAGGACAUACUGGGUGUACACCGAUCAGUCAAUAUGGGAGAUUGGGGUCACCAACGAACACCGAGAUGUAUGGAAAAUCUACCUCGAGAAGGGGAAGUUCGAUGUUGCGCUGCAGUAUGCCACGAGCGCGCCCCAAAGAGACAAGGUCAUGUCCGCGCAAGCCCAGGCAUUCUUCAAUGAAGGGCGCUACUUCCAGGCUGCGCAGUGCUAUGCGCAGUGUUCACUAUCUUUUGAGGAAGUGACACUAAAGUUCUUGGAUGUCGGUGAACGCGAUGCGCUGCGGUCGUAUCUGAUCUCGCGUCUUGAGCGGACACGGAAGACGGAUCUCUCGCAACGGAUGAUGCUCGCGACAUGGCUGGUCGAAUUCUAUCUCAGCAAAUGUAACGAACUUGAUGACUUGAUUGCUUCGGAGUCAGUAUCGCAAGACGUUGACAACCUUCUCGCUGAGCGUGCCAUCCUCGAGGAGGACCUGCGACACUUCUUUGAGACUUACAAGGCGAACCUUGAACCGACGACUGUCUACGAGCUGAUCCAAGGUCAUGGGCGGAUAGACAUGUAUCUUCACUAUGCAGCAGUGGUCGGUGACUUCGAUCGAGUUGUCGAGCAUUGGGUCAUGGAAGAGGAGUGGACAAAAGCCAUCGAUGUCAUCAACCGGCAGCCGGACCUCGAGCUCUACUACCGAUUCGCCCCGGUCCUCAUGCGACAUGCUCCCAAAGAGACCGUCGAUUCGUGGUUGCGCCAGCGUGCACUCGACCCCCUUCGACUCAUCCCUGCCAUUCUCCGUCUGCAGCAUGCGCCUCGUGACCCACUAUCUCCCAACCAUGCUGUACGUUAUCUCAACCAUGUCAUAUUCGAGCAGGGCAACAUCUCCCCUAUGAUCCACAACUUGAUGAUCACCUUCUACGCAUCCACCCCAACAUCAACCUCCACUGCAUCGACCACGUCAAUAAAUCACCCCGAGGACGACGGACCGCUCCUGCGCUUCCUGUCGACGGCACCGUCCGACCCACUUACAGGCAAGCCGUACUACGACCUCGACUAUGCAUUACGGCUAUGCAAGCAGACUGGCCGAACACAACCCUGCGUGCACAUCUACUCGAAGAUGGGCCUGUGGGAGAAUAGCGUCGACCUUGCGCUCGAGAAGGGUGACUUAGAGCUUGCGAAAAUCAACGCGGAUAUGCCUGAGGAUGACGACCAGCUGCGCAAGAAGCUCUGGCUCAAGAUUGCGAAGUAUGUCGUCCAAGACAAGCAAGACAUCAAGAUGGCGAUGCGCUUCCUCGAGAACACUGAUCUGCUCAAGAUCGAAGACAUCCUGCCGUUCUUCCCUGAUUUCGUGGUCAUUGACGACUUCAAGGAGGAAAUCUGCACCGCACUCGAAGGCUACUCUGCGCACAUUGACGCGCUGAAAGCCGACAUGGACGAGGCCACGAAGAACGCGGAGGCGAUCAAGCAGGACAUCGCUGCCCUCCAGAAGCGCUUCAUCACCGUGGACGCCACGGAGAGGUGCUCGCACUGCGCCCUCACGCUCAUGACCAGGCAGUUCUACGUCUUCCCGUGUCACCACACCUUCCACGCGGACUGCCUGAUCGGCCUGACGAAGGAGUUCCUCCCCGCCCCGGCGCUCCGUCGUAUCCUCGCCCUCCAGACCGAGCUCAUGAAGUCGUCCCAAACGACCGCGAUCGACCGCACGGCGAUCACGAACCCCUCGCUGCUCCCCGCGACGCGGCACACGCCCGCACCCGCGCCCGCUCAGCGCACCCUCCUCUCCGCGAACUUCGCCGUCGGGUCCGUGCCGGGUGCCCGCGGGGCGAACGCGCUGGGCCGCAACCUGCUCUCGGCGGGCGACCGCCUGCGCGACCUCAUCAUCCCCGACGCGCUCGCGAACCUCGUCACCGCGCCGGCGGGCUGGAUCCCGGGCAUCGGGCUAGGCGGGGGCGGCGCGAAGCGCGACGUGGGCGAGAAGGACGCGGAGAAGGCCGAGCGGACGCGGAGGGAGCUGGAGGACCUGCUCGCCGCGAACUGCCCGCUGUGCGAGAGCGUCGUGGUCGGCCUGGACAGGCCGUUCGUGCAGGUUGGGGAGGUCGACGCGAGCUGGGACUUGUGAUGCUGUGUGGGUGAGAGUGCUAUGUAGUAGUGUCGUGUCUUGUGUGUGUUAUCUUGCUUGAUGUGCAUGAUUCACUUGCGCCGCCAGUGCGAUGCGCGCUGACGUUGGGCGAUCGACGGUUGUCUAUAUGGUUGGCUUUGGUACUCAUUGCUUGGGCACUCUUUCGCACACGGCAAGCGGGUGAUCAGUACAUACAGCGUUCUAUUCGUACAGAUGAGGCCGCGGAAGCAUGACAUGUUCGCCCAAGAACCAGAACCACGUGUCAAGUGACCCCCUUCCCUAGCCACAGUAAGUAGGACUAGCGACGGCGGUCGCCUCGGGAAUGCAAAUGAUGGUGGCGUCCCGGUACAGGAGCCCGCCGUGCGGUCCCCCAAAAUGACAGUUGCGACGGACAGGGGACGCCACCGAGCGCGUCGGACAAUCUUGUGACGGGAGUGAUAGCUGCAAAUGAGGCACAAAUGACGAUGCUCGCCUCCGCACUGAGAAGUCCAAACAUGCAGGGCGUCCAAGCAUCGGAUGGAAGCAGCACUUAGAGUGCAGAAGCGCUGCUGAUGGCGGGGACGCUCCCGGUGGGGGUUAGUGAUUGAUUUUCUUGGUGCGGCCGGCUUUGCGGCGUAGCCUGGCAGCCCUGCGCGCGCCCAUCUUCGCCUUCUCCUCUUCCAGUCUGCGCCGCUCCUCUGCGGCCUUUUUGCGCUCGAGCGUGAUCUCUUUCCGUCUACACGGGUAUGGCGGAUGUCAGCUGGGUGUCUCUGAAGGGUCGCUGGGACAGACGGAGACGGGGACGGGGGACGGGAAGUGGAACCGUGCGUGCACCUUUGAAUCUCUGCGAGCUUCUCGUCCUUGAGCUCGUCCUGGAGUUUCUUGAUCGCCUGCGCCUUCUUGACCUUCUCCAUCCGAUCCUCCCACUUCUUGGUCUUUACACCGUCAGGGAGGUGUGACCGCACAGUCGCGGUCUUCGUCGCCUUCCAUCCCUUCCCAGAUAGACGACCGUUUGCUGAAUGUGCCAGCGGUCGUGCGCCAGCGACCUCGCCCUCUGCGGAGGCUGUCUCGACAGGUGAAGCAGGGCUCUCGAGCGCGAUGACGGACUCGUCUGGUUGGGACAUGACUGCUCAAGAUUACUUUGAAUUUUUAGAGUUAGAGGAGGUGAAGAGAGCGCCCAUGGCCAAUGUGGAGAUGGCAGCGCUGGAUAGAGGAGCGCGCGCUUCACGGAUGCCAGUGCCGAGCAGGGGAAGAUCACAUCGGGGAUUAGCCACACACGUGGGCGAUGGGAUCUCAGAGAUGGACGUCGGGUCAAUGGGUUCCGGAAGUAAGCCGGCGGGUAGAGUCCCACCCACAUCGAUGGCCUGCGAUGUCGAGCAAGCGUACGGCCUCCUGGAUAGCCUCCACAACUGCCCAAGAUGCAUGCUGGUGUGGACGCUGCUCGACACUUCAUGAGAACCAAGGCACUCGCCGCGGUUCUGAAUGAUGAUGAUAUCACGGCCGUCCAGGGGCGGAUGCGGUGCCAAUUGGAAUCGGCUGCGAAGGUCAGGCCAGGUCCCCCGCUCUCGGUGCGCGCCUUGCCAAGGUUGCAGGGUCCUGCGCAUCAUCCGAGC